UUGCUCCCUUUAUUCAUCCCCCUCCACCCCGCGACCCCCCGGCACAGAUGUCCGUAUCUGUAAUCGAUUUAUUUCUACCAAUAUCCACACCCCGCUCUAGACCGUAAACCCGUCGCGGGUAAGGGAUGCGUCUGCUCAUUGUUCUGUCGUACUCUCCCAAGCGCUUAGUACAGUGCUCUGCCCACGGUAAGCGCUCAAUACAUACGAUCGACCGAGUAACCCGCAGGGGCCGGCCCAGCUCUAGAAGAUCGGGCUCGCGGCUGUCAGGCUCAGGGAGAAAGGGGCCGUCUUAUUUUCUGCUCCCAGCAGAGAUGAACCAUCGUACAGGAGGAGCGACCGGUUCGGGAGAGGAGGGUUCAUCCUCGGUGUCGGGGGAUUGCUGCCAUGUUGACGUCUAAGCUAAGUGACCUCGCCCCGGGGGCGGACAGGCUGAACCAUGAAAACCCUUACGCUGCCAAGUACGAGGCCAAGAUGAAUCUGCGUUCUGUAUUUACUGUAGAACAACAAAGGAUUUUACAGCGUUAUUAUGAACAUGGAAUGACAAAUCAAAGUAAAAAUUGCUUUCAGCUCAUAUUACAGUGUGCCCAGGAAACUCAGCUGGACUUCAGUGUAGUCAGGACUUGGGUCGGCAACAAAAGAAGGAAAAUGAGCAGCAAAACGGCCGAGUCCGGGGCGACUCCUCCCGGGCCGGCAUCCGGCACCCCCCCGACGCCGCCGGACCUCGCCACCCGGAACGUGGCGGGCGCGACCCGGCCCCCGGGCCAGCAGCCCCCGUGGACCCCUUCCAACAGCGACGUCAUAGUGACGGGCAUCUACGGCCCGGCCGGCUCCUCGGGCAGGCCGGGGGUCGCCAAGCCGGCCGGCCCCCACCCGACGGAGAUCCACAAGCUCCCCGUCCAGAGGACCCCCGGGAAGGCCGACCCGGACCUCGGGGCCCACGUCCCCGUGCCCCGGCAGGUGGCCCACUGCAAGAACGCCUCGCUGCUUCUGGGCGAGAAGACCAUCAUCUUGUCGAGGCAGACCAGCGUGCUGAACGCCGCCAACUCCGUGUACAGCCACCACGCCAAGAAAAGCUACGGGGGCCUCCCGGCCCCGGCGCCCGAGGUGGUAGCGGCCCCUCAGAAGCCCAGCGGGGCCGGCCACCGGCCUUGCAAAGCGGAGCCGGCCGGGGGGCUGAGGUCCCACAAGGCCGAGUACCCUAGCCUCGCCGCCCACGGCCCCGCCAGGGACGCCGCCUGCAGCACCCAGAACCUGGAAAUCCGGGAGGUGUUUUCGCUGGCCGUGAGCGACUGCCCGCAGAGGAUCCUCGGAGGAAACGCGGCCCAGAGGCCCAGCUCCCGGGAAGGGAGCUGCCUGUCCAUCGCGAUGGAGACGGGCGACGUCGACGAUGAGUACGCCCGGGAGGAGGAGCUGGCUUCCAUGGGGGCGCAGCUCCAGAACUACUCGAGGUUUUGCGAGGGCGGCAGCGGCCCGCGCGUCGAGCACCAAAGUCCGCAGUGUCUGCCCGGCCCGGGCCGAGGCACCGGCUGCGCUUCGCUGCUGGGGACCGCCAGAGACUUACCCGACAGCGCCCUGUACCCUCAGCGGGACUACCAUUUGCCCCCACGGACCUCACUGCACAGCACACCCAGCACGAUGUACAGCGGCUCGCACGCGGCCCGCACCAGUUUUUCCCCUCACUUCGCCCCGUCGAACCAACUGAGGCUGACGCCAAACCAAAAUAACUAUCAGAUUUCAGGAAACCUUACUGUGCCUUGGAUUACAGGGUGUUCUAGAAAGAGAGCACUCCAGGACCGCACCCAGUUCAGCGACCGAGACCUGGCCAUCCUCAAAAAAUACUGGGACAACGGCAUGACCAGCCUGGGCUCCGUGUGCCGAGAGAAGAUCGAAGCCGUGGCGGCUGAGCUGAACGUGGACUGUGAGAUCGUGCGGACUUGGAUUGGGAACCGAAGAAGAAAAUACCGCUUAAUGGGGAUUGAAGUCCCGCCCCCGAGAGGUGGCCCCGCCGACUUUUCCGAGCAGCCCGAGCCCGGGCCGAAGCCCGCCCUGACCCCCGGGGAGGAAGCGGGGCCGGACCACGGGGAAGAUAACGACCGGAACGACGAGGUGUCCAUCUGCCUGUCGGAAGGAAGCUCUCAAGAAGAAACCAACGACGCUAUUGCACACGAAGAAGGCAGGCAUAAGGGGGGGGAAGGCCACCCCGCAGCAACCUCCGACAACGUGAAAAUAGAAAUUAUCGACGACGAAGAAAGCGACAUGAUCAGCAAUUCCGAAGUGGAACAGAUGAACUCCCUUCUGGAUUAUAAGAACGAAGAGGUCAGGUUCAUCGAAAACGAACUAGAGAAUCAAAAGCAAAAAUACUUCGAACUUCAGACUUUUGCCCGAAGCUUGAUCCUCGCCGUCAAGUCAGACGACAAAGAGCAACAGCAGGCCCUGCUGUCCGACUUACCUCCGGAAUUAGAAGAGAUGGAUUUCGGUCAAGCCUCUCCAGAGGCCGGUGAUACCUCAUUCAGUUUGUCUUCUCUGUCGGAGAAGUGACGCUUCCGACCGGCUGAUCGCGCGACCGCGGGGUGUGGGGGAGAGGGCCGGGGGGCCGCCGGACGGGGCCGCGCCGCAGAGACUCGGGGGUCGCCGGUCCAGUCGAAGGGGGAACCCCAAGGAGAAGAGAGCCACGGCUUUCAAGGAGGGAAACGAGGGCUGCUCGAAGCGUUGGGUCCGGGUUUGGGGCGGGAGCGGGGGCCUCCCUGGAGGAUAAGGUUCGUUUGCAUUUUUAACUCGAACCGCGCGGCGUCAGAAGUCUGAAGGGGUGGGGAGGGGACGACCCGUCCGACAGACUGAUCCGUCUCCCGAGUGGCAGCCGGAAUCGGGGGCCCAAGAGUGGAAGGGCCACGGACCGUCCGGUCGGGCCGCCCGGGGUCCAGGCCGGAAGCCCGUGGGGACCAGGGCGGCUCCGUGAACCCCCUCUUCGUCUCCGUGGCUCCUCCUGGCCCCCCAACCCAUUUUACUCAGGAAAGUGGACUGAACCGUGGACCGAGCAAAUGAAGAAACGGGCACGGCCCUGGCCGGCCGCGGGGAGACUGGAAGAAUCCGAGGGCCGCCGUGGAACCGGAGAAGUGCUUCAUGAAGCGUGUGACUGUAAAUUGUUGAUAUCCUUCCAUUACCGUACCAAAAUGUCUCGAAAAAACACUGUGGAAGACCAAGUGGAUUCCCUUAAGUCCAGUAAAUUAUUCGUGUACAGAAACGAAAGCGUAAAUGUUGUAAAGGCCCAGACCCUGCCCGGGAACUCGUGAGCGCCACGAAUGACGUACGUCGGCCAGGCCGCCGUCCCCCAUCGCGGUUCCGACCCGUCGCUCGCCCGGAGGCUCCGUCGCUCGGCCGCCCUCUCUGGGGCCCGGGUGGGCCCCGGGCGUGGCCCCCGGACCAGUCGCCCGGCGGGGGCGGCCCCUCUGCUCGCUCUCUGACAGCUCCGCCCGCUUUGUCUGUCACACUCCCCCUCCCCCACGGCAGCGUGGCCGAGACCAGCGGACAGUCGGGCUCCCGGGUUCGCCGCUUCUCCCCUGGGCCACGGGGGAUCGGGUGUCUCCCGGCACCGAGGAGCGGGACGGCGCCGACGAUAGGGCUUCCGGCCUCCCGAGCCGCCCUGCGGCUCAGCCCGGGAUCGGCCGGGGGCGUCCCCGGGGUCGGAAUCCGUCCGCACCCGAGCGAGCUCGAGACUUGGGAUUCAGCGUUGACGGUGCCCGUUGCGAAACGCCUUCUGCCGAGUGACCCGGGAUCGGCGGCCUGCGGUUAGACGCUGUCCGAUGCGUGAGGGCACGAGCCGACGGUCCAGACCCACCGGGCGACGGGCACGAGGGCGGAAACCGAUGGUCCAGAUGGGCGGAGGAUGCGAGGGCAGAAUCCUGGAACUUUGGGAAACUGACAACACUGGUCUCGACUUCUUCCCUUCAGCCACCGCUGAGUUUUGUCAAAUCGUCUGAUCUUCUUUCCCCUUGAGCCCCAACUAGCCUCUCUUUGGACAUCCAGGUGGUGGGUCGACGGACGACCUGCCGGUUUGCCUCGGCUCAGAUGCGCUUCGCUCCUCGUCCUCGGUCUACCCUCGCCGGCCUUUGCCUCGCCAACCCUCCGAGGGGCUUCCGAGGCGGCGUCCUUCCGGGGGCGUGAAGAUCUCGCCCACCGACCCCCUCGGCCCCGGGUCCGCCUUCAGCUCCACCCCGGCUCAGCGUCGUCCAAGCGGAAGAGAAGACGGCCGCCGCCUCGGGGCUCUAAGGAAGGAGGACCCUGGCCCUCGGGAAACGGGAAAGGAGCGUCAGGAUGCUCUCCUCGUUGCCCCCUCAGUCACGUCGGUGUUGACCAAGCGGAACUGAGAGUCCGACCGGAGCACAAGACCCACGUCCCUGCUCGCGAGGAGCUCCCGCUCGGCGCUUCCGUAGACUCGAGCACCGCCAACGGCGACGGCAUUUGGCUCAGCGGGUGAAGACCUCGCACGCUUUGGCAGCCGGAAUAGCUCCGCCCCCGUCUCCGAGGGGCUUCUCCCAGUCUGUGGCGUCCGGAGCGGGCCCGGGGGGAUGGUUGGAUCCGCGUGGCUGGCGACGGUCAGAGCGGCGAGAUCCGCCCUCCCGCAGCUGGGCCGGCGGGGGCGGGCCGGGGGUUGGGGAGGGCGGAAGAGGACCGGACCCAGGGGGGCCUCUGGCCGCCCGGCGGACACGCAGAGCCGGACCGUGUGGCCGCAGCGGAGAGGAGACGAGCCCCCGCCACCGGUUCCGCGGGGGCGGCUCCCCCAUCGCCUCCGGUCCCCUCUCCGCUCCGUCGUUCCCGCAGUGAGCCCCCCGCCUUUCCACUCGCCUUCCGGCCCUCCCGGCCGCCGACCGUCACCCGGCAAACGCUGGCUCUGCGGGACGGCGGCCGUCUCGCCCUGCGGAAGGAGCGUCCGUUGGCUGUUUUUCGAACGCCCGAUAGGUCGUCUCGAGGCUAAAGGUCUGGUCGCCGGGAGGCAUCGGUGCCACCCUGCGUUGAUCAACCUAUCCGGGUUCUCCCAACCCUCCCGAGUCCGAGGGAAGGGCCCCCUCGGCCGACAGCGCUGUACACGCCGGCCCGAGAACGAGGCUCCCUAAGAGCCCGGGCACGGGUGGAAGCCACCUGGUUGGCAGAGAAAAAUAACAGACCCACCCGAGGCAAGAGUAGCAGAAUCUUCCCACUGCGGAGCGAGGCCGGGGCUGGAGGUGGGGGGGGUCUCUGCGCCUGUCGCCGCCGCCCCCCUCUCCGUUGGGGCUUCCGUAGCUUUGACUGUUGUGUUGUUGUGGUCUGUGAAUAAUCCCCCACCUCCCACUCUCCACGUACCUACCUCUGAAACACACCACCACCUUAAGCCAGACCAGACUGUAAUGUGAACUUUUGUAGGGUUUUUAUUUAAAGUUUUUAUAGGCAAUAAAACGAUUUCCAACAAAGAGGCA